AUGAGGCCGUGUGUUUCUUUGGUGUUCAUCUGUAUGUUGCUACCAGCAGUGUGUGGGUUAAAGUGUUUCACCUGCUGGGGUGCAAACCCUGGCGCCUGUAAUCAGGUAUGGUCCUGUGCUGACCAUUACGACCGCUGUUCCACCACCAUUGUUGCUGAAAAUAUGAUCACCAAACAAUGCAUGAGAAGUGAUAUGUGCAAUAAUGUUUAUUCUGAUGGUGUCAGAUGUUGUGCUGGAGACCUGUGUAAUGGAGCAAAACACACUGGAGUCUUUGUCCCUCUCCUUCUAGGGCCCUUAGCCAUCAUUACACUCCUAAUUUGA